AACUCGCGAUCGUCUCAAUCUUUAAAAGGAGCAGCGAGUGAAAGAGAGAAGUUUAUUUAAUAUUAGUAAGUGUCGACUCAGGAUUCACAAUGGAAAUUGUGCAUGCAUACACUAAGAAACGCAGGGAGUUUGGUCGCCCGUGUAACUUCUCGGACCGGCCAGCUGAGCUGAAUGUGGACAUUCUGCCCGACCCCUCUCUUAUUGAUGACUUCAUAGCCCGAGAUCCGUGUGAUGUAGCCACACAGUGCACACCGGAAAUGUCUGAACAUGAGGUGAACACAGAGCGCUUUGAGUCUGAGUCACGUGGCAUAAACCAUGUGGAGGGGGGGUGGCCAAAAGAUGUCAAUCCUGAAGAAAUGGAACAGACCAUUCGCUACAGGAAGAAAGUGGAGAAGGAUGAGAAUUUUGUGAACGCCAUCAUGCAGCUUGGGAGUAGCAUGGAGCACUGUGUCAGACAGAACAAUGCCAUUAAUAUCUAUGAGGAGUACUUUGAUGAAGAGGAGAUACUGGAGGAGGUGAAGGAGCAGCCUUCAGCCAAAACCAUCAAUGUUUUCAGAGACCCGAACAAGGUGAAGCGCACUGCCACCAGUCUCUCAUGGCACCCUGAUGGCUCCUGCAAGCUGGCUGUGGCUUAUUCGUCUUUAGAGUUUCAGAAAUUAAGCAAAAACAUGUGCUACGACUCCUAUAUUUGGGACAUCGAAAAACAAAAUAAACCUGAACUGACCCUGAAACCUGCCUCUCCGCUCGUCUCUCUGGAGUAUAACCCCAAAGACUCUCAUAUCCUAGUUGGGGGAUGCUACAAUGGACAAAUUGUGUACUGGGACACACGGAAAGGCAGCCAGCCGGUUGAGAUGUCUGCCAUUGAGAACAGCCAUACAGACCCGGUGUACAAGGUCAUCUGGCUACAGUCAAAGACAGGCACAGACGUCUUCUCAGCUUCCACUGAUGGGCAGGUGCUGUGGUGGGACGUUCGGAAGAUGACUGAGCCCACAGAAACUCUGGUGCUGGACCCCAGCAAGAAGGGGAAUCUGGAAAACGCACUGGGUGCCAUCUCACUGGAGUUUGAACCCACCAUGCCCACUAAGUUCAUGGUUGGGACAGAACAGGGGUUGGUGGUUUCAUGCAACCGGAAAGCCAAAACUCCAGGAGAUAAGAUUGUAUGCACGUAUAGUGGACAUCACGGGCCGAUAUACGCUCUGCAGAGGAACCCUUUCUUUCCGAAGAACUUCCUGACCGUGGCUGACUGGACUGUCCGUAUCUGGUCUGAGGACAUUAGAGAAUCUUCCAUCAUGUGGACGAAAUAUCAAACAGCCUACCUGUCAGAUGGAUGUUGGAGUCCUGUUAGACCUUUAGUCUUCUUUACGGUCAAAAUGGAUGGCACUUUAGACAUAUGGGACUUCCUGUUCAAGCAGAAUGACCCAGUGCUCACUCUUAAAGUGAGCGACGAGGCUCUGUGCAGCAUGCGUGUGCAGGAUAAUGGCCGUUUUCUGGCUUGUGGCUCACAGCUUGGCACUGCCACUCUGCUCGAGUUGUCAUCAGGCCUGUGCACAAUGGAGAAAAAUGACAGAGUAGUGGCAACAGCGAUGUUUGAACGUGAGACGAAGCGGGAGAAGAUUCUGGAGGCCCGACAAAGAGAGCUGCGGCUGAAAGAGCGAAGUCGCUCAGAGCAGAGCAAGGAUGAAGAAACCAAAGAGGAGGGAGAGGAGAGCGCUGAGGACCUGUUGACCCAGACAGAGAGAGAGUUCUAUGAGAUGGUGGAAGCAGAAAUGAAGAAAAUGGGGCUCGAGAAGAAAAUACAGACAUAGAAAAACAAGGAGAACAGUGAAGAGGGACGGUGAGAAGAGGCACCACAACUUAGCUUUGUUUCCUCCGAAACACAAUCAUGGAAAUGGAGAAACACUGCGUCACCAACAGCACUCACACACCUUAUCCCUUCCUUCAGUCAAUUUUGUUAGUCUUCACACACUCUUUUAUUUAUGUUUUUCCAAGUAAAGGAUGAUUUAAAGAAAA